GUGUGACUGUACGAAGAGAACUGGGAGGUGACUGGCUGACCCAGGGAGGAGAGAGACAUAUUCUGAGACAAACACACACAAAAAACUGAGCAGGGCUGUGUGAGUGUGUUAAACUCUCAGACGGAGUCCUGAUCUAAACCGAACGCCGACACUCCCACAUGUCUCCCCCCACCCCUAUCCCCUCUCUGCCCUCCUAUCUACUGUGUGUCCUCUCCAUGUUCCUGUCCCUGUCCAGACUGAGGGGCAUCCUCCCCCCACUCCUCUCCCUUGUCCUGUCCCUCCCCCCUGCUGCUAGCCAGUCAGUCAUCACCACGUCCCAGGGCAGACUGAGGGGUCAGUUGACCCCCCUGCCUUCUGACCUGCUGGGCCCUGUGGUCCAGUACCUGGGGGUCCCCUACGCCCGCCCCCCCACCGGGGAGAGACGCUUCCAGCCCCCCGAGCCCCCACUGUCCUGGCCAGGGGUCAGGAACACCACCCAGUUCUCCCCCGUCUGUCCCCAGCCUGUAGAGGAACACAGCCUGCUGACAGAGAUGUUACCUCUCUGGUACUCUGCCAAUCUGGACAUAGCCAGCACAUACCUGUCACAGCAGAGUGAAGACUGCCUCUACCUCAAUAUAUACGUCCCUACUGAGGAAGACAUCCAUGAUGAGGGCGGUCUGCGGCCAGUGAUGGUGUAUGUUCAUGGAGGUUCUUAUUCUGAAGGGAGCGGCAACAUGAUGGACGGCAGUGUCCUCGCUAGCUAUGGAAACGUCAUUGUCAUCACAAUCAACUACAGGCUGGGAGUACUGGGUUUCCUCAGUACGGGUGACCAGGCAGCUAAAGGCAACUAUGGUCUGUUGGACCAGAUCCAGGCUCUGCGCUGGGUGAAGGAGAACAUUGCUGCAUUCAGCGGAGACCCAGACAGAGUCACUGUGUUUGGCUCCGGGGCUGGAGCCUCCUGUGUCAGCCUACUAACUCUGUCCCACUACUCUGAGGCAUGCUGUGUAUCAGAUCUGUUCCAGAAGGCGAUCAUCCAGAGUGGGACAGCCCUGUCCAGCUGGGCGGUCAACUACCAGCCAGGGAAGUAUGCAAGGCUGCUGGGGGACAAGGUGGGCUGCAGCCUGGAGGACUCAUCAGAGCUCAUCGUCUGUCUGCAGGGGAAGACCUACCAGGAGCUGGUGGAACAGAAUAUCACUCCAGCUAAAUACCACACCGCCUUCGGACCUGUCAUCGACGGUGAUGUCAUCCCUGAUGACCCCCAGAUACUCAUGGAGCAGGGAGAGUUCCUCAACUAUGACAUCAUGCUGGGUGUGAACCAGGGGGAGGGGCUUCAGUUUGUUGACGGGAUGGUGGACAGUGAGGAUGGUGUCUCCAGCGACGAUUUUGACUUUGCCGUGUCGGACUUCGUGGACAGUCUCUACGGCUACCCAGAGGGGAAGGACACGCUGAGAGAGAGCAUCAAGUUCAUGUACACAGACUGGGCCGACCGGGAGAACCCUGAAACUCGGCGGAAGACGCUAGUCGCGCUGUUCACUGAUCACCAGUGGGUGGCGCCGGCGGUGGCCACAGCAGACCUCCAUGCCCAGUACGGAUCGCCAACAUACUUCUACUCCUUCUACCACCACUGUCAGAGUGACGUGUCGCCCGCCUGGGCGGACUCCGCCCAUGGAGAUGAGGUGCCGUAUGUGUUCGGUCUGCCGCUGAUCGGCCCCACGGACCUCUUCAACUGUAACUUCUCUAAGAACGAUGUGAUGCUCAGCGCCGUGGUCAUGACAUACUGGACCAACUUCGCCAAGACAGGAGAUCCUAACCAGCCGGUGCCCCAGGACACCAAGUUCAUCCACACCAAACCCAACCGUUUUGAGGAGGUGGCCUGGGCCAAGUACACCCCCAAGGAACAGCUGUACCUGCACAUCGGCCUGAAGCCACGCGUCAGAGACCACUACAGAGCCGCCAAGACAGCUUUCUGGCUACAGCUGGUGCCCCACCUCCACAACAUCAACGAGUUGCUGCAGUAUGUGUCUUCUGCAACCCACAGCCCUCCCCAGGACACCACCCCCCACUCCUACACCAAGCGGCUGUCUAAAGGCCUGGGCUUGGGUAGCACGCGCCACCCCAACCCCAACCCCCCUGCCACGCCCCAGGCUCCAGCACUGCAGGGGGAGGAGCUGCAGGUCCCCCACCCCGUCAUGGAGGACUACUCCACUGAGCUGAGUGUUACCAUCGCAGUGGGAGCCUCACUCCUUUUCCUCAACAUCCUGGCCUUUGCAGCUCUGCUCUACAAGAAGGACAAACGCAAGAUGGAACACCGGAGGCUGCCACGCCCACCUCCACGCCGUGACAUCAUGAACGCUGACAUCACACACCAACUGCAGGGGGAGGGACUUCUGAAGCAGCUGGAGGCUGAGGCUCUGCACCAACACAACACACUGGAGAUACACGACACACACAACAUACACCACACACUGGAGGCUCUGGACACGCUGGACACACAGGACAUCUACAACACUCUGGACACCCUGCGACUGACCUGUCCACCUGACUACACCCUGACCCUGAGACGCUCCCCUGACGACGUGCCCCUGAUGACACCCAGGUCCCUGCCCAUGACCCCUGGCUCUCACCCUGCCACCCCCAUGACCCCUGGAUCUGUUGUGGGGGUGCAGCCCAUGCAGGGCUAUAGUCCUUACAGUAACACUCACCUGCCUCAUACACACACGCACACACACCCCAACACACACACACAUUCUACCACACGUGUAUAACCACAGACAGAGAUGGGGCAGAACGAAGCAGGAUAGUUUCUCCAGCUCCUAAGAUGGCGGAACGAUCCAGUCUGCCGUGUUGCAUGAAUAGAACAAUGAGGGAGCGGAAGUGAUGAACUCUGGGAGAUUAAGUAAUGUGCAUCAGUAAAAAGAACAUUAUAAAUGAGAACAUCCAAUAUGGCUGCUAAUUUGGUCCAUACAUCAUGGAAACAUUGCUUCUAUAAGCUGCGUCCGAAAUGGCUGAAGUUGCCAUGUGACUGGCCCUGGAGCGGGGCUGCUGUGAUGUCCAGAUCAGACUACUGACUGAACCCUCUGGGAACAACUUGAAGAACCUGUGAAAUGUGAAUGUAAAAUAUUUCAAUUGCAAUGAAAUCCUUCAGAGGAUCAAUGUUCCCUGUAGCUCUGUGCUCAGCCAGGCCAGGGAUGUAGUCUGAAGGACAGACAGAUAGACACACAGACAGACAGAGAACAACAGAUGGACAGAGACAGACUGUAUUCAUAUCACCUAGGACAAAUUCCUCUGAAUGGUUCAACAAUAACAAGUUCAACAGUCCGAAGAUCUACCAACCAGCAGUCUGUUCAAAUAUGUAAAUAACUUGUAAACAUAAUGGAGAAAAGAUGGUAAGAUUUAAAGCUUUUACUGUUUUAUUGCAUUCAAAUAUGUUAUUUAACAACCGUAGGUUUUAAUUUGAGUUGAUUAUAAAUGUAUAGGUCCCCAGAACAAGAUAUAACUUGACGCUUGACUAACCCUGACCACAUCUAACAAGAUGUAAACCCUGACCCUAACACUAACCCUGACCACAUCUAUGCCCAACCUCUUCCCUGAUCUGAAACUUGUACUGGGACAUGGAACUGGGUCUAUUUUUGGCCCCAUCUCUCAGCCAUGGACCCUUACUUUUGUUUUUACCCCUGACCUGUAACCUUUGACCCUGACCUCUAACCCUAUCCUCAUCCUAACUUUGACCUACAUCCUAACUUGGACCCUCAACCUGUCUAUGAACUCUUAUUUCAGUCCUUACACUUAUUGACCCCUUACCUCUAACCCUGUCUUCUAACCCUGAUCCUGACCCUACCUACUUCCACCAUGUCUCCCAGACACAAAACUGAUCAGGUGACCUGAGACCCAAAUUCAAUCAUACUGAAGUCUAAAACGUUGCGAUUAAAAUCCGUCCCGACACAAAUCCUGCAUUUGUGAGCUUUUUGAACCAUAAAAUAAAACGGAUAUGAAAUCAUAUACUGAAAGCUGAAACAGUGGAUCUGAAACAAUGAAUCUUAUUUGAAAUACUACCAUAGGCUAGAUUAAAAGAUUAUUUUUUUUCAAAAUAUUUUCAGUUUCUGCCUUAACAGAUGGAAGGAGUCUUUGCUGUAUGUACUGUAUGAACUUUCUGCUCCAUUUUGUUCAAUAAAGUAUCAGUAUUUUAC